AUUUUUUCAAUUUUUUAACCCCCCGAUUUUAUCAUUAUUCCCCCCCUCCCCAAUUAUUAUUUUUAAUUUUUCCUCCACCGAACCGCCCUUUAUAUAAUGCCUAAAAAUGUCCAUUUCCGGCACCCUCAGCAAUUAUUACGUCGACUCCAUCAUAAGUCAUGAGAGCGAAGAUUCUCCUUCAUCCAAAUUCCCGCCAGGCCAAUUCUCUUCUAGACAAAGCGAACAUUUAGAAUUCCCUUCCUGCAGUUUCCAACCCAAACCCGCGGUUUUUGGCUCUUCCUGGACUCCUCUGAACCAUCAUCAUCAUCAUCCUCAUCCUCCUCCUCCUCCUCCUCCGGUGUUCCAGCCGUUCCUCCCGCAGCAGAACCCGCCGGGCGAGGGGCGAUUCCUGCGGGCUUGGAUCGAACCUCGCUCCGAGAGCAUCCCUGGAUCCAUCAAAACCGAACCGCUGCUCCCCAGAACUUCUGGGGACACCCCAAAAAAUCAGGAAUACAACUUGGAAGCGGCGGGAGGCCGGGAAGGGAUCGCUCCCCAUCCCUUCGAGGAUAAUAAAGUUUGUGAAGGAAGCGAAGACAAAGAAAGGAGAGAUCAAACCCCCCCCGCGGGCAGCUGGCUGCAGGCUCGCUCCUCGCGCAAGAAGCGCUGCCCGUACAGCAAAUUCCAGACUCUGGAGCUGGAGAAGGAAUUCCUGUUCAACAUGUACCUGAGCCGGGAGCGGCGCUGCGAAGUGGCCCGGCUGCUCAACCUCAGCGAGAGACAGGUCAAGAUCUGGUUCCAGAACCGCCGCAUGAAGAUGAAGAAGAUGAACAAGGAGCAGGGCAAGGAGUGAAAAAAAAAAUCCGGGCUUUAGCGGGGUUUUUAGCCCCUCUAUGA